AACACUAGACCGACCAACAAACCUGGCUCAAUCAUCGUUGGUUACAAUUGUAUAGUUUUCAUAGAACACAGAAUUACAGUAGGUAGAAGAGAAACAUUUUUUUUUUUUUUUUUGAACGUGAAUUUCACAAGCGCCAAAUUUGUGUAAUGUGAAGACGCUGUUCAUUGGUUGAAGCCCUCGUCUCAGAAGCAAUCAGACGUCCCUUGUCCACUGGGGCUAAUGGUACUGAAACGGUAGUAGCUAGCAUUUUUAGGAGGAGUGGAUACAUUGACACAUUGUCUGGCAAUCUUGACAUACAAAGUGGAUGCCUCUAUGCCACAGCGAAAUAUAACUCUUCCAAUUUGCACAAGACUUCAGCCAUGGCCACGACAGGCACAGGCGCAACUGAGCCAAACCGGCCAGGCCCCCAGAGGAAGAUGUCCACCACAGGGGAGAGCUUGUACAAGGUGCUCGGCCUGGAGAAAGGAGCUUCCGCUGAGGACGUCAAGAGAGCCUACAGGAAACUAGCGUUGAAGUACCACCCAGACAAGAACCCAGACAACCCGGAGGCUGCAGAUAAGUUUAAAGAGAUCAACAACGCCAACUCCAUCCUGAACGAUGAUGGCAAGAGGAGGAUUUACGACGAGUAUGGCUCCAUGGGCCUCUACGUGUCCGAGCAGUUUGGAGAGGAGAGCGUUAAAUACUACUUCCUCAUGUCCAAGUGGUGGUUUAAGACCAUGGCCGUGUGCUGCACCGUCUUCUCCUGCUGCUGCUGCUGUUGCUGCUGCUGUUUCUGCUGUGGGAAGUGCAAGCCGCCGGAGGAGGAUGAUCACUACCAGUACGUGGACCCAGAGGACCUGGAGGCCCAGAUCAAAGCUGAGACGGACAGAGGUGACACAGUAAUCAUUGUGCAGCCCAUACCUGUAGCCGUACCUAUAGCUGUAACGAGUCCUGUGGCUGAGAGCAUCUGCCUAGGCCCUGCCAACUGCCUAGACCCUGCCAACAGCCUAGACCCUGCCAAUCCAGUGGUUGACAACCUGACCAGGCCAGUGGCUGCUGAGAACCCAGGCGAAACGUUGCCGGAGUCUAAAUGACUCGAAAGUGACCGUGUGGAUGAGCAUCGCCAGGGGAGGGCAGGUCCUCGUGCCCCUAUUGUGAUCCAGCCACAUUCCAUCGCCAUCGAGGUUCCAGAGACCUCCCAGCCUGCAGCCAGCCAGCCCACCUCCAAGCCCCAGCAGUGACCCUUCCCUCCCAGCCCCAUCUACCCGCUGGAGCCCUCCCCUACGGCGGGCACGGCCAGGACCCUGUGGCCCCACACUGGAGCCCCCAGCAGCCAGCCAGGCCAACCGUCACUAGUGCCAGUCAACCAGCCAGCUAGUCAACCCCCCCAUACUGUGGUACAGAUCUAACUUAAUGGACAUGAGCGGCAGGCUGCCAAGAGACCAGGACUCCUUCUGACAUGAUAUGUAUCUGUCUAUCCACCAAACUGAGGAUUGGAACACUCUAUCCCUCCAUUUCAUCCCUCUGUUUCUAUCCUCCCUCAUCUAUCCCCCCUUUCUCUCUCUUGUCUCUGUUAGAACGCUGUGGGAUUGGAGACUCUCUCUUUUUAAGUUCAGUCGGAGUUUUAAAUGGCCUGAGCCAAGCAUUCCACCUCCCCGGAGACUAAAGCAUGGAUCAGAGGAAGUAAAGGCUCCCAAACAGAUUGCAUGUGCUUCAUUUUAACUGCAUGCCCCUAUUGUACAGCACUGGCAAAUACAUACCCCAUACAUCCAUACCCCUGUACUACAGCCACCACCCCACCACUGCCAGCGAUACCGCCAGCUGCAGGUGCACCUACAGUAGUAUGCCACACAACCAGGGAUCUCCUCUCCACCGCCACCUGAAAGAGACCAAAGAGUGGGGCUGGAUACAGUAGAGAUUCAAGAACAGUGAAAAUGUCGGGUGGAUAAAACAAGAAAAAUGUGUUGAUUGCUUAAUUUAAUUGCUAACUGUCACAAUUAUGUUAGUUCGACCAAAGCCAAACUAGAUGCCACUCACUCCAUGUGUUCAACAGUCAGCUCCCAAAGAGACGUUUCUCCUCAUGCCACUAGAGCCAACCUGAGAGGAUUGUUUAAUUGAGGUGCAUGUAUGUAUUUGGGUCUAUUAUGCACUUCUGAAACCUGUGAAGUGGGUAAAUGAUCAUUUUCAAUGGACUGUUGGCUAACAUGGGUCCAGCCAAGUGCUUACUGAAACCCACAGUCAGUACAAUGCACUCUGUAUUGGGUGGAACUGACUACUGACUACAGCUAGCUAACUGCAACCAAAUGACUUAUCAAACGUUUCCCAUCUCAAAUGGUGGUUUUGCUUUGCAUUCUCCUCAUAGUCUGAUGUAACAUGGAGAUACAGGGGAGUGGGUAUGUACUGUAGGGGUCUGUUUGACCUAGCCACUAAAGACCAUGCUAUGCCACAUCCUAGAUGACUGCUUUGUUCAUUGUAUUGCCUACAGAGAUAUCCCAUCACCGAAUAUUUGAGAAGUAACAGGCUGUUUUCCAUGGGGUUUUGGUGGACUGAUUGCCAUGUUUAUUGUUUUAUGGGCUGAAGAGGCACGACUACUAGUCUCAGUGAUGAGAUGAUACAAUGUCCCACAGCAGGGUUAGGAUCUGUAAAGAUCGCCCAACCAGCAGUUUAUCUGUACUUAAGUACAGCUCUCUUUAUAACCCUGGUGUGCAGUCAGAGGUUACUCAAUGUUGUGUAAUCAGAAUAGUGAAAACAGUGAAGUGAAUGAAUGUCAUAUUGUCAUUGAGAGUCAGUCAGUCCCAGGUGUGCAUGCGUGUGUGUGUGUGUGUAGCAUUGUACAAAAUCGUUGUUGGUUUGUUCAUGUAGUGCUGAGGUCAGUCAGUCAUUCAUCCCCCUCCCAGUUUUUUUUUGUGGUUUGUAAUUUGAAAAGGGUGUUCUGUGUUUCCUGAAGAGGGGCUAGCUAGUACAUGGCGUUUAACCACCUUGUGUUUUGGCUGAAGAACCACCCGGAAGAUAAGCUAAACUAAAAUGAUGUCAAGCAGCCAUUUUAUCUUUUGUAGCUCUCUCCUGAGUGUUUACAUAGAAAUGAUCUAUCAGCAGCAUCAUUUUGUUACUGGAAUUAUUGCACCUUUUCUCACCUCUUCAUAUCAAUAAGUUAACAGCUAAAACCCACCUGAAAUUUCAGACUGUUGGUUGUGUUUUCACAAACCAUAAUAAACAUAACAGUACAGUAUCUGGCCCCAGGGCUCAGAGAGGAGGAAUAUAUUUAUUCUGGUGAUCCUUAUCUGCUGUAAAUAAUAAUAAUCACAACCACUUGUCACAUGCAAAUAACACUAUUUGAGGAUCCCUAUGAAUGGGAAAUGUUUUAAGAAUCAACCCCAUUUAAAUGAUGUACAUUGUCCUUUAUUUAUUUUUUUAUGUCAAACCGAAAGAGCUGUUUUAAUAAAACACGUUGACAGACAGUUGGGAAGAGCGAACCCUAGGCUAGCCAACGUGGUCCUUACCAAGGAGCAACUGGUUGACAGAGGAGCUAGGCUAUGUCUUAACUGGUUGACAGAGGAGCUAGGCUAUGUCUUAGCUGGUUGACAGAGGAGCUAGGCUAUGUCUUAACUGGUUGACAGAGGAGCUAGGCUGUCUCAGCUGGUUGACAGAGGAGCUAGGCUGUCUCAGCUGGUUGACAGAGGAGCUAGGCUGUCUCAGCUGGUUGACAGAGGAGCUAGGCUGUCUCAGCUGGUUGACAGAGGAGCUAGGCUGUCUCAGCUGGUUGACAGAGGGUCUAGGCUGUCUCAGCUGGUUGACAGAGGAGCUAGGCUGUCUCAGCGGGUUGACAGAGGAGCUAGGCUGUCUCAGCGGGUUGACAGAGGAGCUAGGCUGUCUCAGCGGGUUGACAGAGGAACUAGGCAAUGUCUUAACUGGCUAGGCCACCAUAGCUCUGGUCUACAGUAACAGGCAGGCAGACAGUAAGUGUAUAUCUGCUUUGAGUGUAAGGCCAGGGCUGUCCCCAUGUCAUCUCUCCCCUAUAGAACAUGGGACUAUGGGGACUCGGCCACUAAUAAUAUGAUUGAUGAUUGUAAUUUUGUCAAUGCUUUCAUUAUGUCAUUCAUUAUUCACCAUGAUGUCUUUCAUGGACAAAAAUGAUCUGUAAAUGUGUAUUUAUAUAUAAUGAAAUUGAAACAAUAAAAGGGGGAUUUGUACAAUGUU